GUCACAAUUCCUGAUUCUGGCGUCCAAGCCGCUCCCGCCCGCGGCGCGCCCCGCCGGACGUCUUGGCCUGGCGCUGCCCCCGACCGUCCCUGUGGGCGCUGGGCUUCCGGAGUCUCCGCUCUCUCAGCACAGCCCUCUCUGAGCCUGUUGCUUCUCUCUCAAGCAGGAUAGGACCGAAGAGGCCAUGCAUGCACAGUGCUGGGCACAGAGGCAGCCAUCAAUAAAUGGGAGUCGUUGCUCCGGCUAUUGUAAUCUGUCGGUUCAUUCUACAGGCUUCCCUGGCUCGGGGUGAACUGCACAGACGGCUCUCAGCCCUCGUCCCCACCCCUAGAAGACAGCGGAACUGAGAAAAGAAGAGGCCUGUGGACAGAAAAGUCAUGUCGGACUCCCUGGUGGUGUGCGAGGUGGACCCAGAGCUAAAGGAAAAGCUGAGGAAAUUCCGCUUUCGAAAAGAGACAGAUAAUGCAGCCAUAAUAAUGAAGGUGGACAAAGACCGGCAGAUGGUGGUGCUGGAGGAAGAAUUUCAGAACAUUUCUCCAGAGGAACUAAAAAUGGAGUUGCCAGAAAGACAGCCAAGGUUCGUGGUUUACAGCUACAAGUAUGUGCACGAAGAUGGCCGAGUGUCCUACCCCUUGUGUUUCAUCUUCUCCAGCCCUGUGGGCUGCAAGCCCGAACAACAGAUGAUGUAUGCAGGGAGUAAAAACAGACUGGUGCAGACUGCAGAGCUCACAAAGGUGUUUGAAAUCCGCACCACUGAUGACCUCACCGAGGCCUGGCUCCAAGAGAAGUUGUCUUUCUUUCGUUGACCUCUGGGUUGGGGAUCUGAAUUCCUGAUGUCUGAGUCCCCAAAGGAACUGGGGGUUCAGACCCCUAGGACCUGAACAUCCGAGACCCCGAAGAAAUUAAACUGCAAGAACUCAGA